AGUCCAGGGUUUGCUGACUGUUACAGGGUGAUGGACAUGAGUUCUUUUGAAAAAGCCUGUGUAGACGACCUGUGUCAGUGUUACGGCAAUCACGACUGUCUCUGCAACACGCUCACAGAGAUUUCACGACAGUGCACUCAUGCUGGAGGAAUACCAGGAACAUGGAGGACAGAACAGCUCUGUCCAAAGACGUGUCCUUUGAACUUGCAAUACAUGGAGUGUGGGAGUCCGUGCAAGAACACCUGCUCAGAUCCAGAUGCAAAUCUAAUGUGUAAAGAACACUGUCUGGAUGGCUGUUUUUGCCCUAAUGGCACCGUGGAAGACGACAUUGGUCUGAGUGGCUGCGUUCCUGUGAACGAGUGCCCUUGUCUGCAUGACGGCGCAGUAUAUCAAUCAGGAGAGUCUUACAAACAAGCUUGCAAAAAAUGUGUGUGCGCCGCUGGACACUGGACUUGUACAUACCUGGAAUGUCCCGGAAUCUGCUCUGUUGUUGGAGGGUCUCACAUCACCACUUAUGAUGGAAAAACCUUCACCUUCAGUGGCAACUGUGACUACAUCCUUACUAAGCACUCUAAUGACAGUGAUAUUGCUGUCGUGGGAAACCUGGCCAAGUGUGAUCCGGCCCGAACAGACACAUGUCUAAAUUCAGUUACCCUUGUCAUUUCAGGGACCACUAUUCGUUUUGCCUCCAAUGGUGUUGUGACACUGAAUGAAAACAGUCCAUAUAAGCUUCCUGCCACCACAGGUCCUGUGAGCAUCUUCCAGCCCACUUCCUCUUUCAUCAUUGCUGAUAUGAAGAGCCUUCGUCUAGAGAUCCAGUUGGCUCCAGUCAUGCAGUUGUAUAUUGUAGCCAGCACUGAAGAGAAAGGGAAAAUGAGUGGUCUAUGUGGAAACUAUAAUGAUGUCCAAUCAGAUGACUUCAAAACAGAGUCUGGUAUCAUAGAGGGCACACCAAUAACAUUUGUCAACUUCUGGAAGAAAAACCCAUACAGUUGUCCAGAUCUUGAAAACACAUUUGACAACCCCUGUAGCUUGAGUGUGGACACAGAGAAACUUGCUAAAGACUGGUGUUCCCGUCUUACAAACAACAGCGGAGUCUUUUCCGCAUGUCAUUCAGAAAUAUGUCCUGAGAUUUUCUACCAAUGGUGUGUCUAUGACACCUGCAAAUGUGCAGAUAUUAGGAAGUGUAUGUGUGCGGCCGUGUCCAACUAUGCCCACGCCUGUGCUGCCAGAGGAGUCAUUCUCCAGGGCUGGAUGGAUUCUGACCCCUGUGCAUCUGGGUGUUUAGAAAACAUGAAGUACUCCUACGGUGUGUCCAGCUGUGGCAGCACCUGCCGCUCUCUCAGUGAACCAGAAGGAACCUGCCCAGGGUCCUUCACACCUGUAGACGGCUGCGUCUGUUCUGAGGGAACCUACCUUAAUGAAGACGGCAGUUGUGUGCCUGCCCACCAGUGUCCUUGUUACAAAGGCAACCAGGUCAUAGAACCAUCGGUAACAUCCAACAUAGACGGUGUUGCAUGCACCUGUACCCUUGGAAAAUUGCACUGCUCCAGUCAAGAAGACUGUGUGGCUCCAAUGGUCUUCUUCAAAUGCUCAAAUUAUGAACCUGGAACAAAAGGAACAGAGUGUCAGAGGACCUGUCAGAACCAAGACCUAAACAACUGCGUGAGUACAGGGUGUGUAUCAGGGUGUAUGUGUCCAGAUGACCUUCUGGCUGAUGGAAAAGGUGGGUGUGUGGAGAGGACAAACUGCCCCUGUGUCCACAACGGACUCAGCUAUUCACCUGGAGAGCAAGUUCAAGAGGACUGUAACACCUGCACAUGCACAAAUGGGAUGUGGACUUGUACAGAUAAUGAGUGUUAUGGCACCUGUACCAUCUAUGGUGAAGGUCAUUUCAUGACUUUUGAUGGCAAGAAAUAUUCUUUCCUUGGAGACUGUGAACACAUCUUAGCCCAUGAUAACUGCAAUAAUGAACAGAGUCCAUAUUUUCUACGCCUGGUCACAGAGAACAUCCCCUGUGGCACCAGCGGCACCAUUUGCUCCAAAUCCAUCAAUCUUUUCUUUGGGAGAUACAAGAUGAUUUUAUCAGAGGAGAAUGGGAUCAAAGUUGUUGAAAGCAAUGGCACUGAUUACCUAUAUCAAAUCCAUACUGCUGGAAUAUACAAUGUCAUAGAGGUCAAAGGUCUUUUGAACUUAAUCUGGGACAAUAAGACGAGUCUGAUGCUCCAACUCCAUCCUAAAUUUAAGGGCAAGGUGUGUGGACUGUGUGGAAACUUUGACGGUAAUGCGAACAAUGACUUUGUGAAGCAUGAUGGAGAAGAGGUCACUGAUGCAGUGGCAUUUGGAAACAGCUGGAAGGUGAAUCCCAGCUGUCCAGAAGUGAGCAACUUGAUGAAUCCAUGUGAAAAAAAUCCACAUCGGAGUGCCUGGGCUAUCAAACAAUGUAGCAUCAUCACAAGCCCUGUCUUUACAGACUGCCAUUCACGUGUGGAUUCUGGCCCAUACUAUGAUGCCUGUGUAAGGGACACCUGUGCAUGUGACAGUGGGGGUGACUGUGAUUGUUUCUGUACUGCAGUGGCAGCUUACGCUGCUGAAUGCCGUAAAAAAGGAGCUUGUGUGGCAUGGCGAAGCCCAAGCAUAUGUCCUUUAUUCUGUGACUACUACAACAACCCUCCAGAUGAAUGUGAAUGGCACUAUAAAACCUGUGGAUCCACCUGCAUGAAAACUUGCAGAAACCCAUCAGGAACUUGUUCUAAUCAAAUUCCUCUUCUAGAGGGGUGUUUUCCUCAGUGCCCUUUAGAAAGGCCAUUUCUGAGGGAGGACACAAGGAAAUGUGUUACAGAGGCAGAAUGUCUUUCUCUGUGUACCUAUGAUGGGAAGAUAUACACUACUGGACAAGUGGUGUACGAUACCACAGAUGGGAAUGGCACAUGUUUUACGGCGGUGUGUGGAUUCAACGGCAUGAUAAUAAGAAAUAUUAACAAAUGCAUGACAACAACCACGCCAUUCACUUUCACAACUCCACCACAAACUACUAAAACAACAAUUAUAAUAACAGUCACAAAGACUUCCACCUCGACACCUAUGACAGUAACGCUAACAACUCCAGAAAUGCCAUCAACACCUACACCUGCUGGUCAAACAUCACCAGGAGUUUCUACUACUGCUGUUACUGCUCCAACACCAUCUACAGAAACACCACCUCCCACAGGAACAGAAACACCAUCCACAGCUACUACAACUGCUGGUACACCAACACCAACAUCACCAGAAAUUUCUACUACUGCUGUUACUGCUGAAACACCAAUCACAGAAACACCACCUCCAACACGAACCGAAACACCAUCAACAGCAACAACAACUGCUGGUCCACCAACACCUACAUCACCAGGAUUUUCUACUACUGCUGUUACUGCUCCUACUCCAUCUACAGAAACACCACCUCCCACAGGAACCGAAACACCAUUAACAGCUACUACAACUGCUGGUACACCAACACCAACAUCACCAGAAAUUUCUACCACUGCUGUUACUGCUGAAACACCACAGACCGAAACGUCACCUCCAACACGAACAGAAACGCCAUCAACAGCAACAACAAUUGCUGGUCCAACGACACCUACAUCACCAGGAGUUUCUACUACUGCUGUUACUGCUCCUACUCCAUCUACAGAAACACCACCUCCCACAGGAACCGAAACACCAUCCACAGCUACUACAACUGCUGGUACAGCAACACCAGCAUCAACAGAAAUUUCUACCACUGCUGUUACUGCUGAAACACCAAUCACAGAAACACCACCUCCAACACGAACAGAAACGCCAUCAACAGCAACAGCAACUGCUGGUCCAACGACACCUACAUCACCAGGAGUUUCUACUACUGCUGUUACUGCUUCUACUCCAUCUACAGAAACACCUCCUCCCACAGGAACAGAAACAUCAUCCACAGCUACUACAACUGCUGGUACAGCAACACCAACAUCAACAGAAAUUUCUACUACUGCUGUUACUGCUGAAACACCAAUCACAGAAACACCACCUCCAACACGAACAGAAACGCCAUCAACGGCAACUACAACUGUUGGUCCACCGACACCUACAUCACCAGGAGUUUCUACUACUGCUGUUACUGCUGAAACACCAAUCACAGAAACACCACCUCCAACACGAACAGAAACGCCAUCAACGGCAACUACAACUGUUGGUCCACCGACACCUACAUCACCAGGAGUUUCUACUACUGCUGUUACUGCUCCAACAUCAUCUACAGAAACACAACCUCCCACAGGAACUGAAACACCAUCCACAGCUACUACAACUGCUGGUACACAGACACCGACAUCACCAGAAGUUUCUACUACUGCUCUUACUGCUGCACCAUCAUCUACAGAAACACUACCUCCGACAGGAACAGAAACUUCUCUGACACCAUCAACAAUUACUACAACCAUUGUUACAUCAACCGUUUUGACAGUAACACCUACAGUGACAGAAAUGCCAUCAACUAAGUUCACUGUAUAUACAGAAUCACCAUCUAAAACAACACAUGCUUCAUCACCUCAAAUUGUCAUCACAACGAUCUGUCACUGUACAUUUGCAAAUCAAACUUUCCCACCUGAGUCAAUCAUUUACAACAAAACUGAUAAAGCAGGCUGGUGCUACUUCGCUUACUGCAACUCCAAUUGUGUUAGUGAAAUAACACAGAAACCAUGUCCUCAGACUACCACAGUUCCAAUUUCAACCGUUCCAAAUGACUGUACCGAUGUCAACAGAAAGAAUGGAGAGACAUGGAAUGAGGGAUGUACCACUAAAAACUGCAUAAAUGGGAAUGUUACUACAAGCCCUGUACAGUGUGAUCCAGCUGAUUCUGUCAUACCUACAUGUGUCAACGGACUUAAGCCUGAGAAGGUUUAUUAUAACAAUGGCUGCUGCACUAAGUACGAGUGUCUAUGUCGAUGCAGUGGCUGGGGUGACCCUCAUUACAAUACGUUUGAUGGAAAAUAUUAUGUUUUCCAAGGAAAUUGCGACUAUGUGUUGGUCCGAGAAAUCAUUCCAAGAUACAAUAUCAGUGUCCAUGUUAAAAACUAUUAUUGCGAUGUUACAAAUAAUUUUGCUUGUCCAGAGUAUGUGACUGUGAAGUACAAAUCCUAUGAAAUCAAGCUAGCAAGUAACAGUAAAGAGAUACAGGUUUACGUCAAUGAUGCUGUUAAGGUCCCAACUUUCUUGAAUGAAGAUUUCAGCAUCACUACCUCGGGCAUGACAGUGAUUUUGAACAUUAAGGAAAUCAAAGCUGAGAUUUUAGUCAGUCAUCAAGGCUUUGAGAUCAAUCUCCCGUUCACCUACUUCCAUGGUAAUACAGAGGGACAGUGCGGUGUUUGUGACAAUGAUGCCACAAAUGACUGCAGACGUCCCGAUGGAACAACUGACCAGUCAUGUGAGCAAAUGGCAGCAUUGUGGGCGGACUCCCCAGAAUGUGAAACCCCUCCACCACAUCCAAGCGAACCUCUUCCUACCUGCACAGCACAAAUCUGUGAGGUCAUCAAGAGCGAUUUGUUCAAGAGCUGUCAUAACAUCGUUCCCUAUCAAAGCUACUAUGAGGCAUGUAAAUAUGAUGUGUGCUACAAGAAAAAUGACUCCAUGGCCUGUGCCAGUGUAGAGGCCUAUGCACAGCUAUGCGGCCAGCAGUCUAUAUGUGUGGACUGGAGAGACUCAGCUGACCUCAACGGGCUAUGCGCAUACAAAUGUGCUGAUCACAAAGUCUUCAAGGCAUGUGGGCCUAAAGUUGAAAGAACCUGCAGUACAAGAUACAAUGAGAUGUUUGUGGAAGACCAAAGCCAAACUGACCAUCAAACAUUCAUGGAAGGUUGUUACUGUCCUGACAACACAUAUCUAGUUAGUUCAACAACAGAUCAGUGCACACCUACUUGCGAUUGCAUUGGCCCCGAUGGAUUACCAAGACAGCCAGGAGAUACAUGGAUCGUGAACUGUACAACAUACAAAUGCUCCACUGAGAGCUUUGGUGUUGUUCAAGAGCCUAUGAAUUGUCCAACCAUAGAGCCCUGUGGCCACGAGUACAAAAGCAUCAUUGAAAACUGCUGUCCAACCUGUGUGUGUGAUACCAGCCAGUGUUCUAUGAAAUGUGAUGUGGGGUACGAGUUAGCAGCAGAGAUACCUGAGGACAGUUGCUGUCCACCAUGUGUGCCCAAAGAUGUAUGUGUGCACAAUAACACUGAGUACCAGCCUGGAGUUCAAAUCCCUAUGGAGCCUUGUUUGGAAUGUUACUGCCAAAUGGAUAAAGACCCACAGACCCAACUACAUUCCGUGGCAUGUGUAAAUAAAGUCUGUUCACCUUGUGCUGAGGGCUUUGAGCGUGUAGAACAAGAAGGAGAGUGCUGUGGAACAUGCAAGCAAAUCAGCUGCAUUUAUACUGCACCGGACAACACCACACAUACUCUCCAGGUUGGAGAAGUGAAACAUUACAAUUGUGAGAAUAUUACCUGCAGUGAAAUGAAUGGCUUGUUUGUGACGGAGAAGAUCACACCAAAAUGCCCUGACUUCAAUCCAGAUAAUUGUGAGCCUGGAACUGAGAGAUAUGAUGCAGAUGGAUGUUGCAAGAUCUGUGAGCCCAAGACUUGCAUUGUUUUGAAGAACACAACCCAUGUGGAUGUAAAUGACUGCAAGUCCAUCCACCCCAUAGAAGUGACGUCCUGCAGUGGUCACUGUGGCACCCAAUCAAUGUAUUCAAUGGAAAAGAACAGCAUGAUGCACAUCUGUUCUUGUUGCCAAGAGGAGAAAGUCAGCCGUCGACAGGUGACGCUGAAGUGUGCCAAUGACAGCGAGGUUGUUCAUGACUAUAUUCACAUUGAGAGCUGCACAUGCACUGCUAGACAGUGUGUAGACUAAAAGGCCUGAAGACUUGAUAAAAGAUGCUGAUCUUAAAGCUUUUCCUUUGAUUAUUGCUGAUGUGAGCUAAAUUACUUAAGACGAGAUAUUUGAAAUAAGGAACGCGGCAAGGAAUUGAUGCUUUUCUUCUAGGGCUAGGGUUUUCACUUUAAAUAUGAUCUUACAUGUUUAAAUUAUCUGUAACAAAACUAUUUCAAUUGUCUUUUCUUUGGUAUAAUGAACGUUCGGUAUGUUCUGUAUAAUUUUGAUGAAAUAAGUGAAUGUUCAACACAAUAAAGAAGUUAACCAGCA